CUAUGGUUACCGCAUGGAAUUUCCAUGUAUUUUUCAUUGUUCGUGAUACCAAGUAAAAGUGCGCGUUGUUUCGUUUUUAAUAUCGUUCGUUAAGAUUCCUCGGUGAAUGAAUUAUGGAGGCUGGUGCGAGUACCGGUACUCGUACGACCAGAUUUAUGAUGGAGGGUGUCGGUGCUCGAGUGAUCCGCGGGCCGGAUUGGAAAUGGGGUAAACAGGAUGGAGGGGAAGGCCACGUGGGGACUGUGAGAAAUUUCGAAUCCCCAGAAGAAGUGGUCGUCGUUUGGGACAAUGGUACAGCAGCGAACUAUCGUUGUUCUGGUGCUUUCGACCUGAGGAUAUUAGAUUCAGCUCCAACUGGUGUGAAACACGACGGUACUAUGUGCGACACUUGUAGGCAGCAGCCGAUUUUCGGAAUCCGUUGGAAAUGUGCAGAAUGUGGGAAUUAUGAUCUGUGUUCAAUCUGUUAUCAUGGAGAUAAGCAUCAUUUGAGACACAGAUUCUAUCGCAUUGCGACUCCUGGUAGUGAGAGAGUUUUACUGGAACCCAGGCGCAAAAGCAAAAAGAUUGCGAUUCGUGGGAUUUUUCCUGGUGCGAGAGUAGUAAGAGGCGUCGAUUGGCAAUGGGAAGAUCAAGAUGGUGGGAAUGGUCGAAGGGGUAAAGUGAAUGAAGUUCAGGAUUGGUCAGCAGCCAGUCCACGUUCUGCGGCUUACGUUAUCUGGGAUAUCGGCGCCAAGAAUUUGUAUCGCGUCGGGUUUGAAGGAAUGGCUGAUUUGAAGGUGGUGAACGACGCUAAGGGCCAGACAGUUUACAGAGAUCAUUUACCAUUACUAGGCGAGCAGGGCCCUGGUCGUACUGGUCCCCACGGGCUGCAAAUUGGCGACCAGGUGAACGUCGAUUUGGAAUUAGAAAUUGUGCAGUCGCUGCAGCACGGCCAUGGCGGCUGGACAGACGGGAUGUUCGAAUGCCUCGGUACCACAGGAACUGUCGUUGGCAUCGACGAGGACCACGACAUCGUCGUAUCAUAUCCGAGUGGAAAUCGAUGGACCUUCAACCCUGCUGUAUUAACGAAAGUCCCAAUCCGGGUUCCGGUUACUAGUUCAAGUUCUGAUAAUCAAACAUUCGCCGUGGGAGAAUUAGUGCAGAUCUGCAACGAUUUAGAGAAGAUUAAACUGCUGCAACGUGGCCAUGGAGAAUGGGCCGAAGCGAUGGCGCCGACUAUGGGAAAAAUUGGUAGAGUUUUGCAAAUAUAUCACGACGGGGACUUGAAGGUCGAAGUCUGCGGGACUUCGUGGACGUACAAUCCUCAGGCUGUUACCAAAGUGGCGAGCAACGACGGCAGCGCACCGGGUAACAGCAGCGGCGAACGGCUGUCAGCGUUGUUAAAGAAAUUGUUUGAAACGCACGUCUCCGGGGAUGUUAACGAAGAAUUAGUGAAAACUGCAGCGAACGGCGACGCUGCUAAGUGCGAGGAGUGUUUGAAGAGGCCGGAAGCUGACGUGAACGGCGUGUUCGCUGGCCAUACAGCCCUGCAAGCUGCAAGUCAAAACGGUCAUUUAGAAGUCAUCAAGAUCCUCCUUCGUUACAAGGCGGAUGUUGAAAUCGAGGAUAAAGACGGUGACAGGGCAGUGCAUCAUGCGGCUUUUGGAGACGAGCCUGGAGUAAUGGCGUUAUUAGCUGGUGCUGGGGCUGACUUAAACGCCAGGAAUAAGAGGCGACAGACGGCUCUUCAUAUGGCAGUGAAUAAAGGCCACGCGGGUGUUGUGCGUACGUUACUGGAAUUAGGAUGUCAUCCAAGUCUUCAGGACUCGGAAGGUGACACGCCCCUUCACGAUGCGAUCUCGAAGAAGAGGGACGACAUCCUGGCUCUGUUGUUGGACCACGCGGCAGACAUCACCCUGACGAACAACAAUGGCUUCAACGCGCUCCACUACGCCGCUCUUCGAGGAAACCCAAG